UUCAUCGCCAACUUUGAACAAUACACCAGCGUCCAAUUCCUUCCAAAUCUUUCACAAUGCCUCUCUCCGGACACUGCCUCUGCAAAGCCGUCACCUACAAGGUUGACGGUGAGCCUCUCGUUGUUGGCUACGACCACUGUGACGACUGCCAGCGUCAGAGCGGUUCCACCUACUCUCUCGUUGCUGUUGUCAAGAAGGACAAGCUCACCAUCAACGGCCCCGUCAAGACCUACUCCGGCACCAAGGGCUCUUCUGGCAACAUUGUCCACCGUCUCUUCUGCUCCGAGUGCGGUUCUCCCAUCGCCCACGACCCCGAUGCUGCCCCUGAGAUCAUCGCCCUGAAGGCUGGUACUCUUGAUACCGAGAUCAAGAAGAACCUCAAGCCUGACACCGAGAUCUGGACCGUCGGAAAGCUGCCUUUCUGCCAGGAACACCUCGCCAAGCCUUUCAAGCACAUGCCCGAGUAAGGAAUUGCAUGUCAAAAUAUGAUUAUGAUGAUGUAACGAGCCGUUAAAAUGAGGCCGAGCGCCCGAAAAUAAUAUAGUGGAAGAAUACAAUUACCCCACAAACACUCCGUACCUGUUAUCGAUCCUCAAUCAGU